UUCCGGGUUUUGGACCAAUCGCUGCAGCUUAUUCCACCGGAAGUUUUGAACGAAUGGUACGCGGGAAAAACACCGAGCAGUCAGUGAGUGAGUGAGUCUCUUCAUCCGGACAAACAGGAGUCAACAACAUGAAGCUGGUGACCUGUGAGAUCGCAUGGCACAACAAGGAGCCGGUCUACAGCCUGGACCUCCAGCACAGCUCCGAUGGACGCGUCCACCGGCUGGCCACAGCUGGAGUGGACACCACGGUCCGACUGUGGCGGGUUGACACGGGCCCAGACGGGAAGGCGGUGGUGGAGUUUCUGUCUAACCUGGCGAGACAUACCAAGGCAGUCAAUGUGGUGCGCUUUAGCCCGAAUGGAGAGCUGCUUGCUUCAGGAGGAGAUGAUGCAGCGAUUCUGCUGUGGAAGCUCAAUGACUCGAAGGAGCCGGAGCAGCCGCCCAUGUUCCAGGAGGAUGAAGACGCUCAGCUCAACAAGGAGAGCUGGUCUGUGGUCAAGACACUGAGGGGACACAUAGAGGAUGUGUAUGACGUCUGCUGGACACGGGAUGGAAAUUUCAUGGUGUCCGGGUCCGUCGACAACACCGCAGUCAUGUGGGACAUAAACAAAGGACAGAAGCUGUGUAUCUUGAAUGACCAUAAGAGCUACGUGCAGGGGGUGACCUGGGAUCCUCUGGGGCAAUAUGUAGCCACUCUCAGCUGCGACAGAGUUAUGCGUGUGUACAGUACCCACACCAAGAAGAAGGCUUUCUGUGUCAGUAAAAUGAGCUCUGGGCCGCUUGCAGAGGGAGAGGCCAAGCAAUACAGAAUGUUCCACGACGACAGUAUGAGGUCAUUUUUCCGGCGUCUUUCUUUCACACCGGACGGGUCUUUCCUGCUCGCCCCAGCUGGAUGCGUGGAGAUUGGAGAAAACAUCAUAAACACCACGUACAUCUUUUCCAGGAAGAGCCUCAAGAGGCCCAUCGCUCACUUACCGUGUCCAUCCAAAGCUACACUGGCCGUGCGCUGCUGCCCAGUCUACUUUGAACUGAGGACCAAGAAAGGAGAAGACGGUUCUAUUCAGACUCUUCCCAACGUAUUCCAGUUGCCGUACCGCAUGGUGUUCGCCGUGGCGUCUGAGGACUCCAUCUUCCUGUACGACACGCAGCAGACGCUUCCUUUCGGCCUGGUUUCCAAUGUCCACUACCACACGCUCAGCGACCUCACAUGGUCUCGUGACGGUUCCUUCCUGGCUGUGUCCUCCACAGACGGCUACUGCUCCUUCCUGUCUUUCUCUCCGGGGGAGCUGGGCACUCCUCUGAAGGAGCCCCCCACCCUGGAGAUUUUCACUCCAAACACUGGUGUUGAGAAAAGGGGCAAGAAAUCGUCUAAGACCUCAUCUCCCGUGACCCAGCCUCCAAACUCAGCCCCGACUCCUGCAUCCCAAACCGGCACCGGCAAAGACGCCCCCCCCUCCGUGACCCCCUCAGAAGAGAAGAAGAGCGUCCCCAGUGCCAAGUCCAAGCCUCAGUCUCGCAGGAUCACCCUCAACACCUUGGAGGGAUGGGGGAAGCCCUCCACACCUAAAGCCGCGGCUCCCUCAGCACCUCAGACCACAGCGUCCACGAGCACUAGUGCGCCCUCUACUCCCCAACUGCGUCUCACCCCCCUCAAAGCCUCCGCAACGCAGCCACGCAUCGCUCCCCUCACUCCCUCCACCCCUAAAGUCCUCAACAGUGCUAACACUCCUGGGCCCACAACCCCCAAAGGUGCAACCACACCAAACGGUACAACCACACCAAAGGGGCCCACCCCGAGGAGAGUAUCUCUGACUCCCGUUGCAUCCCGAUCUCCAGCUGUUGGUUCACUCUUCCGCACUCCCUCCUCCACCGAGAAGGCCAAACAUGAGCGUCCUUCUCCUCCCAGCGAUCCAGUGUGCCAGCCUCCAGAGUCCAAACGACCCAAGACCAGCGAGGGCAAAGCAAAGACCAGUGCCACCCAGACUUAAUGUUUACUGGGAGCUAUGAUAUCAGAUUUAAAAAAAGAGUGACAGUUAAAGAAGCCGACAACCGCAGAGGCUCCCUGUGGAUGUAACAGUGCAAUAGCAUUGUGUUGGGGGGUUGAUAGUGACUGUGCUUCAUGUAACUAGACGAAGCUUAAAUCUCAAACACUGCACUCAUUGCAGUACGUGUCCUUGAGUUACUCUUUUUAGAUGUGUUUUUGUAUUGUACUGAGGUUAUUGUAUUGUAUAUUUUGUAUAACUAAGCCCGCCCUCGAAAACCUUCGAGUAAAAAAAAAAAAAAAAA